AAAUAUUUCUCUACCAGUAUUGUUCACGUAAUGCCUGACAGUUCAACAAACAAAUGAGUAGAAACUGAGUUUGGUUUCUACGUCAUUGUGAGUGUUUAUAUUGCUGUAAUUUUUGAAAACGAUUCAUUAUUCGGAUUAAUCUCGGCGGAAAUUAAACCUGUGUUGGAUGUUUGUGUGUGAUUCUCUUGCGCGUUGUUAGAAAAGGUGUUAGGCCCAUUGGUUGAAGUGAUGACUAGCCGAAAGUCCGGGGAGCCUUCCGUUGCUUGGUCACGGGUAGGGAUGCGGGUGAUAUGGUUUGCUCAUCUACUGGCAUCGUGCUUCGUUCAUGGACAAACCUACAUAUAUACCACUAGUAGAGGAUAUACAAGCACAGAGACUGAUAACCCUUUCUUUGAGUGCUACAGGAGUUCUCCUUCUUUGAAUGCUGCUGUGUCUAGAGGGAGGUAUGCCUAUGUAUUCAAUGAUAUAAAUGACCCAGCUAAUGAUGAUCCACCGCUCAGUAUCCCCUUCACUGCUGGUAAUCCACCAGUUCAAGCCUACAGAAUAGAUCUAGACACAACCAAUCACAGGUCGUACGGUGCCUUCUACUGUGCUGCAUCCCUGGAUGGAGAACGCUCUGUUGUACCGACACUCUUCUUGAGAUCUGAUGCUAAGUUUGAGCCUACAAGUGGCAGGUUUUCAAAGACUGUCAACAAGGGGGAUGUGAAUGUUACAGUUGAUUUUACUGAGCUUACUCCUAGUGAGACGGAAAAGAACUGGAGGUUUAAUGGUACAACUGACUCUUCUGUAACUAUCUCUUACCGCACGAUCUUUGAGGGAUUGACUGUCUACACAAUCAUAGGAGAGGUAGACACCUCACAUGGUGGUGUUUAUGAGCUUCAUUUGAUGAAUGGGAGGGGACAAGCAAGAGCUGGACUACUCCGAUUAAUUGUGAGAGCGUGUCCUGCUGGUCGCUAUGAUGAAUCUAAUGGAUGUACCCAGAUAUGUCCAUCAUGUUACAAUGGAGGAAUCUGUCAUGAUCAAACAGGGAUAUGCAUCUGUCCUCCAGGAUUCCAGGGAGAUGGAUGUGAAAUGGCAUGCGGUGGAAAUCGCUAUGGUCGUAAUUGCGAGUACAGAUGCGACUACGAGCUUUCAGAUGAUAUCACAGCAUGUAGUGGACUUCAGGUUUGUGUGCCCGAUCCCUAUGGAUGUUCAUGUACACCAGGAUACAAAGGAUUGGACUGUACUACAGAAUGUGAUCAAGGUGAGUUUGGAGCCAGUUGUACGGAGAAAUGUCACUGUGUAUCAGAAGAGUGUGAUGGAUUUACUGGAGUCUGUACAGGAAGCUCUACUGAAUGUGAACCAGGAUGGACAGGGACCAACUGCCAAGAAUGCAUGAUUGGCAGAUAUGGGCCUAAUUGUGAGCCUUUCACGGUUAGUUAUGAAAAGACCAACAAGGGACAGCUCACCAAUUUCAUCUGUUGCCUGGAAGGUGGAAAUCUCAUCUCCACGGCUCCAGUGGUCAAUCUCUACAGGAAAUUCGGCAUCGGAAAUUAUACACAAGAAAACAUAAUAAAAAAUGGAAAUGGAGUCCCCCCAAUUGCAAAGUUUCUAUUUCUCGUGCGUGAUGUGAAAGUUGGAGAAAUAUUUGUCUGCUCUCUCUCUGAUGUGAACAUCUUCUUUAGUGACAAUAUGACUACCGAUGGGGAAUUUACCCAGCCUGAACUCCCUAGUGCACCCGUCGUGAGCAGAGCAACCAAUGAAUCAGUUACUCUGAUGUGGGAUGCCUGGGAUGCAUCAACAGAUAUAGGUGAUCCUCCUCUCGUCGGGUACCGUGUCUACUACAUGCUGAACAACUCAAUAGCAGAUUAUCAAGAAGUUAUCAGGUCUGACCGCCUAGCACCAUCUGAAACAGUGACUGGUCUAAGUCCAGAUACGGCCUACAUGUUUGGUGUAGCAGCAUUUAGACCUGGACCAGGAGGCCAGGGAGGCCGAUUUGAGGUAGUAGGAACCACCCAAUGCUCACCUCCUAGUGAAGGACUGUCAUCCGUUAAUGUCACUAAUGGGACUAGACCUGGAGAAUUCUUGGUAUCUUGGGAGAAUCCUCCAUCCAAUACUUCUAGCUGUGCCAGUGGAGUGGGAGGAAUCCGCAUCUACUUCACCCGGUCUGACAUCCAGUCUGGGAUCUCAAAGAGGGCGGCUGACCCCAAUGAGAACUCUGUUGAUAUUCCCUUUGAUCCCCCAACGUCUGAACACACCCUGACCCUUGAACCGUACUCCCAGUAUCUCAUCCAGGUUGUAGUCUACAAUAAAGACUCUGAGACGCCAAGAGGAGAGGGCUUUACACAGAUCACAGAGGAAAUGCUUGCCCCUGCGCCCACUGUAAGCGUUGAAGCGACCUCUGAAACUGUAAUUGUGCGCUGGGAUGCUGCUAGCCCUGCUCACCUCAAUGGAGAUGUACAGGGAUACCAACUAAGAUACACCCAGACAAAACCAGAACGACUUGAUACAGUAAUUGUUGAUGUUGAGGGUAACAAGUAUGAGAUUACCGAAGGAGUGACAAAAGACAGUGAAUUUGAAAUUGAGGUUCGAGUUUUGAAUGGAGCUGGAUACGGUGAAUGGUCACCUUUAAAGACUUCAUUGCUGGAUACCGGUACUGCUGCAUCCAAUGUUCCCCUCAUCGCUGGUAUCGUGAUAGGAAUCAUCGUUGUUAUUCUUCUCAUCAUCAUCAUCGUCAUGGCUCUACGAGCAUGCAAAAGAAAGAGAGAAAAGAAGAUAGGGGCAAUGAAUUCGACUGAGCUUGUGGACAAUGUUCUCUAUGAGUCCAAUCUACCUCUUGAUCAUCAGAACAGCAACAAUGCUGCACGUAUCAACGACAAGCCGAUAGUCCGCGAUCCAGCAGAGACCGAGUAUGCCUACAUCAGCCAUGAGAGCAACUCCCUUCUAAACGACGACCUGAACCUUGACAUGACUAUCAAAAAAGACACAACGUACGACGUCGCUAUGGAGGCCCCGAUUGCGUCCAAUGGGAAGAGUCAAACACUGCCGUUGCUUUCAGGAGACAUCACGUUAGACGCUCUCAAUGCGCUCUAUGCUAAACCUGAGAAGCGAUCUCAUGUGGUCUCGGUACCCAGUCUGUUGGCCCCUACGGUGAAGGAAGCAGGGACGGAUACAACGGAAGGAGAUAUCUACGAGAAUGUGAGCCUUCCUGGAUCCAUCGCCGUGGUCAACCUUGUGGAACAUGUGGAGAAGAAGAAAGCCCAAGAUCAAGAUGGAUUUGCUCAUGAAUUUGGUUUAUUGCCUUCAGAUGAUGGUAUCGCCAAAACAGUUGCUAUGAAACCGGAAAACAAAGCCAAGAAUCGAUUCAAAAACAUUGUUGCAUUUGAUCAUUCCAGAGUAGUCCUCGAGACGUUGAAAGAUGAUCCUCACUCAGACUACUACAAUGCUAAUUACAUACGGGAUGACAAGGGGAAGAAGACAUUUAUUGCUGCCCAAGCCCCCAACACUGCAAGCAUCAAUGAUUUCUGGAGACUCAUUUGGCAGGAGAAUGUAUGUUCGGUUGUCAUGGUUACAAACAUCUUAGAGGGAGGCAAGGAUCGCUGCACAGUUUACUGGCCGAAGGAGAUGGGUAAGAGCAAGACGUUUGGUGGGAUUGAGGUCAAGCUGAGAACCAUUGAAGAGUUCUCAGAUCAUGUGCACAGGGUUCUGGAUGUUAAGCAGGUGAGUGGAGGUGAAACGAGGUCCGUCCACCAGUUCCACUACCAGUCCUGGCCUGAUAUGGGUGUUCCACAGUACCCUACCACACUCAUCAGCUAUACACAGACUGUCAAACAUGUCCAUGAACGAAUCACUGCUAAUACCAAGGGCUCCACACCCAUGCUUGUUCACUGCAGUGCUGGUGUUGGGAGGACAGGAACGUUCAUCUCACUUUACUGCAUGCUAGCACAGGUCAUAGAAGAGAGCAGGGUCGACAUCUUUGGUUUCAUUCAGAAGAUGAGAAAAGACAGACCUAAUAUGGUCCAAACUGCUGACCAGUAUAUUCUCAUCCAUACUGCCCUAGUUGAGGCCUACAUGAGUGGUAACACUGAUGUUCCUGUCAGCAGUUUUGAAGCCAAGCUUUCCUCACUCCAAGAGAGGAAUCCACUUACCCAGAAACUCAACAUUGAACAGGAAUUUGAGAUCUUGAACCAGCUCACCCCUCCCGUCGGUCCACAAGCUUUCAAGGCUGCUGGUCUACCUGCCAACAUUGACAAGAACAGAUUCCCGAACGUUCUACCCAUGGAGAAGAACAGACCAUGCCUAGUGACAAAGGGAGAAGCAGGAAGCACAGACUAUAUCAAUGCCUCUUUUCUCAAUACAUUCAUUAAGAAGGAUGUGUUCCUAGCAACCCAGAUGCCCCUCCCUCAUACCACCGGUGAUAUCUGGAGAAUGGUGUGUGACUGGAGAAGUCCUGUCAUUGUCAUGCUAAAUGAACUUGAUCUUCAAGACAAGUCCUGUGCCCAGUACUGGCCCAAUAAAGACUCGGUCCAGUUUGGUCCCCUCAAGGUAUCUAUCAUCUCGGCUGAAACCAUCCGCAGUGACUACGUCAUGAGGAAGUUUGAGAUCAAGGGACCUAAGAAGGGAACUCUGACAGUGAAGCAGUUUCAGUUGAUGGGUUGGGAUGGUAACCAGAAGAGACCCGCCUCCUUAGCUCCCAUCCUCCAUCUGGUUGAUGCUGUUAGUGAGUGUGUAAGGACAUCACAAGCAUCAGGUCCAAUCGUGUUACACUGCAUCAAUGGAAUUGGUAGGAGUGGUGUGUUUGCAGCCAUCUAUUCAGCAGCUGAGAAGAUGAUAACUGACAGCUCUGUCGACAUCUUCCAAUCCGUGAAGAGGUUACGAGCAAACCGUCCCAGCAUGAUUGAGUCAGUGGAUCAAUACAGCAUCUGUUAUGAAGGCAUGGCAGAGUACAUGAAGAAGUUUGAUGAGUAUGCUAACCUAGACAUGUGAAGAGAUUGAUUAUGCUUACAGUAUGUCGUUUCUACCGGGGGGCGUUUCACAAAACUUGUCAUCAGUGACAAUUGACAGUGUUUGUUAUAAACUACUGAUAUCCUUGCUUCCGAUUGGUUAUUAGCAGAUUUGUCACUGAUAUUUGUAAUUUGUCAUUGAAAAAAAGGCUUUGUGAAACUGGUCCCAGGAGUCCAAAUCUGUUACCUGUAAUGUAGACCUUCUCACAUUAUUUGUAAGGUGGUUAGUGCUUGAGUGAUGUCUAUAACUUUACUGGCAAUAUUUACAAUACCAUUUUGCUGCAUGUACAUGAGAUGCUGGUGAAAGAAUAGUUUACCAUAUUUUAGCCCACGUACAAGUUAUUUUUUUACUGGAUUCUAAUCUGACCAUUGCCAUUCUUGAUGUAUUCAUGAUGUGAUACUAUGACUUGCCUGGCAAUUCAAUACACGCUUUUGAUUAUACAAACAGUAAAAGCACUACCGGUAAUUGCAUUAAUUAGUGGAUAAUGGUGUUUCUAAAAAAGCGUGUACCUAAAUAUGUACAUGUAGUAUUGUAGACCCAGUAAAUACGGAAAGUGACUGUGUAUUAAAAUCCAUGUAUAAUGUGGAAUUUAGCAACGCUUGACAGGAUUUUUGAACACGUUGAAAUAUGAAGUAAAAUAUGACUUACAAACAACCAAAUGUUCAAUAAAGAUAAGCCUUCACUUUUUACUAUUUCUGUCUGUUUAUACAUGUUCAUGUAUGUGGUAUCUUAUGUUAUUUAUAAUUACAUGAAAUAAAGAAUCUGUGGUUAUCAUGAAAUAUAUAUGUACUUUAAAGAAAAGAUUUUUUUUUUUUUUUUACUGUACCAGUAAUUCAAAUGCAUGUCUAGCUCAUUCUCAAAUGUUUUAAUGUAAUAACACUCUUUUAUUUGACAUGAAUAGUACCGCUAUCAAAAAGUAACUAUGCAAACAAGUCUUUUAUAUAUUCUUCUCAUUCAAAUUCACUCUUUCAAAGUACAUUAAUAAUUAUAAAAAAAUUAUGGGGAAAAUGCCUUUGCCAAUUUACCU